GCAGCAAGGCGCCGCUGGCCCCACAACUCGCUGCCUAUCUUGACACGGACCGAGGGGCCCUCCUGCACACGCCACAUGGGUGGUCGAGUGAUAGCACCGUAUCAAAUGACCCGAAGUCGCCUUGUGGAAACAAGCCAUGUGUGCUUCUCGGAACGCGCGAAAAUAAAUUGUGAUGUUUGAUAUGACACAGCUCGCGCACCUUGCGCGCGUGCAAUGCAUGCCGCUUGCACCGGCACGGGUAGCGGCCUUCGCUCGGUUUUCGGCUACCAGCGUCGAAGACCGGUGCUGCCUGAACCCUGCAGACGAGUCAAGGUCGUUCUCAGGGUACUGCGUAUCGCCACCGUCUUUGAAACUCGUGUGGUUCUGAUAGCGCUACUGAGAUUAGCGUAUUCGUUGCUGGCAACGGCUUGCUCUCUGCGCACGUCUACAACCGUCCUUCGCCUUUCAAAUCGUCGCACUUUGUCGAGCUAGUCUGUUUUCUGCUAGAGCGAGUACACAUAGCUGUGUACGAAGCGGGAAGCACAAAAUGAAGGCGUUAGUGGCCGUUGUCGUUUUUCUAGUCGGUGUACAGCACGUCUCUUAUUGCUACCCCAACUUGGACUACAUCGGCAAUAGAACGCACUUGUUGCGUUUCUUCAACUCCGUGCCUGGAGUGUCAGAUACCUAUGGAGCCGAGCAUACUGUCGAGUCGCUGACAGGGAAGCUGCCUCUCGAAUGGCAGAACGUGACCGCCAGGCGUUCUAACCUGCUCGAGAUAGCCCGGAAACUCAACCUGACCAAAUUAGUUGAAGCAAUUAUCAAAGUAGGCCUUGCAGGGCUGCUGAAUCACGAAGGUCCAUUCACUUUGUUCGGCCCCACCAACGAAGCAUUUGAAAAAAUACCUGACUACUGCAGAAAUGUUCCACUGAAAGAUGUCAUCAAGUACCACAUUGCACUUGGUUUACACAAGAAAAACGAAUUCAAGAACAACCUACUGCUCACCAGUUUCUUACAGCAACGCCAACUUCGAAUUAACGUCUACCCGCAGACCAAUUCUCUAACGGCUGCUGGAAGAAACAUCACCGACACCGACAACAUCGCCUCCAAUGGAGUUGUGCACGUGCUUUCAGAUGUGAUCUGCACACUGUUCAAAGGAAGUGCAGCUUUCGAACUAAGCCGCUGUGAGGCAUACUCGAUCCUCAAUGACUUGAUCAAGAGAGCUGACCUCUACAAUGCCUUGGAUGGAGAUGGGCCAUUCACAGUGUUUGCUCCAGUGGAUAAGGCAUUCGCAAAACUGAGUCCGGAGGUCAUUGACCACCUCAAGAGCAACGUUACAGCCCUGAAAGAGGUUCUGCUUUACCACGUGGUCCCAGACGUGUGGUACAGUGCCGGGCUGGUGAAUGGGCAGGUGAAGACUAUGCAGGGACAGAACCUGACUAUUUCCAUCGAUGAUGGUGGUGUUCACGUCAACGAUGCUACCGUCAUCUUGGCCGACGCAGCGGUGCGCAAUGGCGUAGUCCAUUCAAUUGACACCGUCCUCAUACCAAAGCUUAUGAGAUUCAACCGAGCCUUUCGUGUAACAAUUGUAACCAGGGCAUAAUUUUGCUUCGUUGGGUCAUUCGGAUCCCAUUAUAGACGAAGUUGCUGUCCCCCAUGACAGGGUCUCAGACAAACUAAUUUUGCUUGGUUAGGUACAGCGGUGCGCAAUGAGGCGGGAAACAUACAGCCUUGACAAACGUUUACAGCCUACUCCUUACAUGUAUUUCGUCUGCAUUGUGCGGUUUCCAUGGUGCUCCUGAUACUUUAGACCGCUGGAUGGGUAGUAUGAGAGUUAUUUUCAUUCCUCAGAGUGUUGUAACUUACGAUGUACAGCAGGAAGCCCAUUAAACAGCCUGACGGUCGCAGGCAACAUAGAAAAUAUACCUUUGAUGAAGAGUGUACCUAAAUUUGCAUUCAGGAAGCCACAGUGACUCAACACAUACAUAGUUGUAACAUGAGGCUAAGUAUUCAUUAGGAAGGCCAGUUGAGAGUGUUCGCAUAUCAAGUUUGAACUUGUGAGCAGUCACAGUUGCUUGAAGACUAAUCCAGUGAGCCUUUUCAUAAUAAUCAUGUAGUUGGCAACAAAUGGAAUAAUGCAGGAGAUAUGGACCGGCACAAAGGGUGCACAUUUGGGGAGGUAGUGAUGAAGGUGUGAGUAGCAGAUGCUGUAGUUAAUAUCUCUUGGCUUCAAGUAAACAUUUUAACGCCACGCCCAUUGCAUGGAGCAUAGUUUCCAUGCGGUAUGGUGCACUUGCAUUAUCGCAUUUCAUUCGUUGAUGACUGCGCAUCUGACAAAGGAUUGCUAAAAGCAAGCCAAGCACAAUAUUUCAAACUUCUAGAUUAAUAUUAUGAGUAAUAUAGUUAUAGUAUAACCCUUUACAAUAAUUAAUAUUGGUCACAUUAAUGGACAGUUCUGUGCAUAUAAAAUACUCCUGACGGUCCUUGAACAAAUGCAAAGUGACAUCUGCUAUGACUCGCUUUUACUAGCUGUUCCAUUUUAUAUAUGCUGAAUAGUUUUGGUUUUGUUUUUCGCUUGGUAGUGCAUCGGCAUGAGACAAUAGAACAAUGCUUUAUUUAGUACUAUAUGGAAUUUUAUCGGCUACAGACAGCCCAUAAGCAAUUACAGCAAUGUCAAGGCUAUAUGAGUAACACUGCGUUUGUAAUCGGCCAUUCUUGAACAAUUUUAUUGACGUCUACUGUAACCAACUGCAUGUUCAACGAAUAUUCAUUUACGUUGCAGGGUAAUCGUUUCUGCUUAUUAGGAAAGGAUUCAAGCUGCUUUUUUGGCCCGAGUUUGUUGUAAAAUUCUUUAACUUAAUGGUUAAAGGUUAAACUCGUAAUAGUUCUUUGGCCUUGUCGGCGUUAAGCUUUUUUGUUUGUUUGUUUGUUUGUUGCAAGGAAUGUCUUUUUUUCAUGCAUGUGCUCACAUUUCCCCAUGUCUUUGAGCAUGGUCAAACUUGUGGCAUUCAUAUGUUACAUUCAUGCACACUUGCAAUUCUCGUCCGAAACUACAAGAGCAACCCAAAAAGAUAUCGCAAUUGCUGCCGAUUGCAAGGGUAGCAUUGUGAUCAAUGAUGGCAACCAGCUUUUGUUUCUCCAAGUACAGUUGACCAUCACCCAAAUAUUAUGUUCUAAGUAGCAUAUGUUUUCAUUCAAACCAACCAGAGUUUCUUGCGGUGAAGUAUUCCAUCUAUGCUGUGCUAAUUUUGAAAAUGCUGUACUGCUUGCUCACUUCAACUUGAUUUUGAAAGAGAGCUGCUUGUUGACUUGAACUUCGUCUGAUAAUCCUAAUGCAUUGACAAGGCCACACUUUUAUGCUUAAAUAAGGUAUCCAUACAAACCCCUGAAUAUUUUAGCAGUGAUCAGUCACCUGUUUAAUUUCUAACAAAGCCUUCAUGCUUGCAGUCUUAACAUAGUUUCAGAAUGUCUUUUAAGUAUUUUUGUCUUUUGCAAUACAUGUAUUUGCAAAACAUUUUACAUUUAAUUACAUUAUGUGGAAGCUGGCUUUAGUGGAAGGUGCAAAUGCUUAAUUCCAUCUAGUUGCUCUCGAGCAUAACCAUAUAUGGCUUCUGUUGCUCUGCUUAUCGGCAGUGUGCUAUACUUGCUGCAUGCAUCUGUAUUCGGUAAACGCAACAACAGCAAGUGCUUGUCGCAUCACGGCGCUCGCGAGGUCAUUUUACCUCUGCGGCCACAGCUAAAAUUCACGCUUUCUGGUUCUAGUGGUUUCUGUAGGAAUCUUAAUGUCUUGGAGGAAAUAUCCGACAUCCAAGUGUCAGCUAUGCUAAUAAUGUAAUUUGUAGACUUUGUGCCACAGAUAAAUAUGGCUCUCCCUGAAAUUUCACAAAUGUCAAAGCGUCGCAUCGCACUGAGGCUACGCCUCUGCGCUCUUAAUUUUGGAACCUGAUGUGCCUAAUGCCAAUAACUUGCCUGGGGGCCUGAAUGGCCCUGAAAGUAAAUAAAUGAAAUGAAAUAAUCUGUGGCCACAUUUCAAACCAUUAUGAUUGUGAAUUAAGAAGUCUAGAGAACCAACCACUUGCUGCUUAAACAUAUUGAGCUUUUGGCUGUUCACGAGCAAAAACCUUUGUUUCUGGUGGGAACGUUUAGUUUUAAUUUUUCCCUGCCUUUGGUUGUUCAGAUACAAUAAAGAUAUAAAAAAGCAAUAUAAAAUUUUCGCUUCAUUUCUAAAAUUUGUAACAAGAAGGGUUAAGUUAUACCAUACCACCAAAUGGUGGUGUGUUACAAUACCCUGUGAUUGAAUGCAUUGAGGUGAGCAAGAGUUGUGCCCAGGCCAUGGCAAACUGAGCCCACUUGAAGCAAUUAAAAAUGCCGUAUUUCAUAUGGACGGCUUUCAUGAUCACAAGAUGUAUCAAAUGAUGCCAGCUCACUUAUGCUAAUAAAAUUUUACAGUUGAAAAAUUGCACCAAA